GUUGAAAAAUUGAAAAGUUUCGCAAAAAGUUUACUUCUUAAAUGUAAAGGAUAAAAUUUUGGUCAAAUAACGGUAAAAAAUAUAUCUCUCAAGCUAAACAUAAGAUUCGUUACAUUUAAAAGAUUUAAAUAUAAUAUAUUUUUAAAAAGAUUAGAAGAAAAUAUGGCAUCAAUAUGCCGAUUGUGUGCAACAUUGAGGAAAAUUGAGUCUUUUGUAAACUUACACGAUACUUCACUUGAUAUCUGUAUGAAAUUAGAGAAAUGUUGUCAACUUAUCGUUCCAAGAUCAAAUGAUGUGCUACCACAAAAUGUCUGCAAUGAAUGCGUACUUAAUUUGAAUGAUUGCUGGAAGUUUUUCCAAAAAGUUCACGAAUCGCAAGAAUCUUUGUCCAAAAUAUUUUAUAUAGAUGAUAGCACAACAGCAAAUGAUACUACUGAGAAAUAUUACGUUCAAAAUCAAUCCCUUAAGAGCAAUGCACAUUCGGAAAAUAACAUAACAAGCAGUAGCGACAAUAUAAAUCAUACCCAAAAUAUGGAAGUUGAAAGGCUUUUGAACAACAUUACUAUAAUUGCUGAUAAUCGGAUAUCUAAUGAAAUAGGACAAAAUGUUUCCGAUAAUGAUUCAGAGAAUGGCCUUAAAAUAGAAAUAGCUGAACAAUUAACAUUUGAUGAUUUAGAUGAAAGUGAUUUUGCUAUAGCGACUGGUUCAAUUGUUACAACAAAUGUAAGUCGAACCGAUACGAGAUUUGUUGAGAUACAAGAAGAGGAUCAAGAAAAUCAAGAUAUAGCCGAAUUACAGCUCCAUAAUCUACCUACAGAAAUUAACGUUGAUGAAAAUGUUCAUGAGACGGAGACUAAUAAGUUUGUAGAUCAAACAAUUGAUCAAAUAGAGAAUCAAUUGAAUAAAGAAUAUCGAAAUGAUGAAAUGGAAAAUAGCAGCAACAUGGACAAUACAGAUAAUUCAAAUUCUACUUCAAUGUUGUCAACAUCACUGUCAAGAUCUAUGAUUAUGGAAAGUUUGAAUGAAUCAGAUUUGGAAACUUUAGGUUCUUGGAAUGAUUACAUUUGGAAAUGUGUUUAUUGCCAAGAUUUUAUAUCUGAAAAUGUAGAUAAUCUUCGUCUUCAUAUUUACUCAGAGCAUCAAACUCAGUCAGUAAGAUAUGUUUGCAUUGACUGCCAUAAAACAUUUGAUAAAUAUUAUACUUUUAUUAAUCACGUAAAAUUAAGACAUCGAAUACAAUUACAACUUUGUUGCGAUCUUUGUUCAGAAUUUUUUGAUACCGCAAACAUUCUUGCUGAACAUAGAUCUACAGGUCAUGUACAAGAAAUUCAUUUUGGUAACGUAAAGAAAAGUGAAAAUGAUUUAACUUACUGUUCUAUUUGUGCCAAAGCUUUCAAAAACAAAACGGCUUUAGUUGUUCAUGUCAAAGGUCAUAUACCAAGUGACCAAAAAUAUAAAUUUCCUUGUGAUUAUUGUGAUAAAAUAUUUGCAACCAAAGCAAAUUGGAAAGCACAUAAUAAAAUUCAUGUUGGUUUGAAAGAUUAUGUAUGUGCUCUUUGUGGAAGAGGUUUUGUACAGAAGGCCAAUUUAGAUGAACACAUGUUAACACAUACUGAAGAAAAACCAUUUGAAUGCGAAGAAUGUCAUAGACGAUUUAAAACUUCUGAUCGUUUAGCUAAACAUAUAUCAGUGCACAGUGAUUCUAGACCACAUAAAUGUUCAAUAUGUGGUAGUUGUUUUCGUGAAAAAGAUACAUUACGUGUACAUUCUCGUAUACAUACUGGAGAAAUGCCAUAUUCAUGUGAAUUUUGUGGAAAACGUUUUCGAUUUCGAAGUGUAUUAAAGACACACCGUCACCAACACACCGGUGAACGACCAUAUUCAUGUUUGGAAUGUAAUCAUCAUUUUACCAAUUGGCCAAAUUACAAUAAGCAUAUGAAACGGCGACAUGGUAUAAGCGAAAAUAUUGACCAGACUGUUUCAAAUGUUACCAUGAAUGUAAUUCAAAAUGAUUUGAAUUCCUCACAAGUUGCCAAUUCAUCAAAUUUGUCACCAGCAAGAACAUCGGAAAAUAAUACUAUGGCUAUAGUAGCUGUCAAUAAUAGUACUCUUAAUAAACAAAUAACAUCAUCAUCAUCAUUGUCAUCAUCAACAUCAGCAUUAUCUGCAUUGAAAGCAUCUUCAAUAUCAAGAAUACCAAGGGCAAGAACUGACAUAAAUCAAACAUCAACACCAGUAACACAUUAGAUAAAUCAAAGAAAUUGAAACUAUUAACUAUUUUGAAUUUUAUAAAAUAUUUCAAUAUAAUAUUAAUGUACAUACAUAUAAUAUAUUUAAAGAAACAAGAAAAGAACAAAAAUAUAAAGGAAGGUUAAAAUCUAAUAGCAAAUUAAAUAAAUUUGCCACGAGAAUGGUAUCUGAUAAAUUAAUUUGCAACAACCCAAGAUAUAUAACAAUUUUUCAAAACAGAACAAUAGUUAAAGAAACAGAAUGUUAACAGAGAGUGUGUUAGAUGUCAUAAAGAAAGGUUUGAAGUAAUUGCAGAUUUUCUGGAGUUUCAGUCUGCGUUUGCGGCUAUUCAGAAACAAAACGUCCAUUUUGUAGUUAAUAGUUUCAGGAAUAUAAAAAUUAAAUUUUGUUACAAUAUGUUUGCAAAAUAGAUUUAAUAAUUUUAUUAAAUAGUGUAUCUUGUCAUUUUUGUCAACCAAUG